GCCAGUUUUCGCGAUACUUUUCGGGCACCGUUGCUAAGGUUUCGGAUUUGAAGCUUCUCCGGACGAAGUUUGCCCGAGUUUUCGGCACGCAGAAGGUUUAUCGCACACACAGAGAGAGAAGGCCAGGCUCCCGUCCUUAUGACCGUCAGUGAGAGCCCAGCCAAAGCUCCCGCCAUGGAGACGUUGUUUUCCUUGGAGUUGUUGGUGGAUUAUGUGCGAUUUGAGCCUGGGCCUUGGACUACAGGAUCUAGACCUUUGUUGGCGGUGGCCUUCAGGCUGUUGGACUUUCCAACUUUACUUGUCCAUCAAGUUGAACCGGAGCGAGCGGAAUGUAUACGGCGGAGCUCGGCGUCCGACAAGAAGCAGGCGAUUCCUGAACGACUGUCAAAUGGCUGUAACAUCCCGUUCAGCAAAGGUAAAUCCUGCCUGUUCAAGAUCAGCCUGGCGUCGCUGCACAGCCAUUUGAGCAAUACACCUUUGUACGCCAUGCUGCUGGACGUCUUCCCUCGGGUACCCAAGUUCCUUGGCAGUUGCCUGAUUUCUCUGGCCGAUGCGGUGGAACAAAUCAGGCGGGAAGUUGCGGAGCGCGGUAUUACAGUGCCUUCCAUGCAUGGGAGUAAGGGUCUGCACGCUUUGUAUAAUCUCAUGGGCAGAAGGAUCGGCCACAUUUCGGUGGCAUACAGACUCUUGAGUUUGGGGGCGGCUUUACUGCCGCAUGGUCGAGAGAACCUGACUGUCGGAAUGCCAGAUGCCCAAAAACUCGCGGUCAAACCUGUGGAAGCGCCAGUUUUGCCCGAUGAGCCAGCUGUGACAGAGCAGGUUAAUAAAAAGAACGAGGAGUUUACUCCUCAAGAUGCCGCGAAAACAUUAUUUCGUUCCGCAACAUGCCCCGACCCGGUAGCGGGUAACCAGAUUCUCGACCAGAAAGUCCAAAUAAGCGAUAGUGAAGUACCUGUUGUCACCUCCAUGCCAACGGAGGAAAAACGUAAACCGAACAAACCGACUGAAGGGGAACACGUGGAACACCAGAUGGGACAGCAGAGAUUAGAAACUGAACGAAGUGUGGAUUUAGGUGUAGACAACGUUUUUUGUCCACCCCCAAUGUAUUACACGCGGUCAACAAAUGAAUCCAAAGAAAGAAAAGCUGAAGUACGCAGAGCACUGGAACCUGAUACAAUGUCUGCCUCACCGGAGCAACGAGAUACGGAUGAUGGUGAAUCGUUCGAAAUUAGCCAGAAUUUAAAUUAUUCUAGGCUGCCUGCAAGUCAGUCGAAAAUGACAUCCAGGUUAAAGCCACAAGUAAACGAUACAAUGCCACAUCUUGAUCCAAGUAAUAACAUCAGUCAGUUACCUUUACUAAAUGCGCUUCUGAUAGAACUUUCUUUGCUGCAUGAUCAAGUUCCGCACCGGAUUCCUCUUACCAUUCAUCCUAAACUUGCUUGGCUUUAUAGUGGAUUAGAGAAUGAUUCGCCCAAAUUUCACAAACCAACUAGUUCAACAUCAUCAGAGCACCUCACAUCCACCAGUUCAAAUUUAAAGAACCAGAAAGAGAAGUUUCAAAACCACCCAAUAUCUCUAAAACACUUUAAGAAAGAAAAUACUACAAAACAAACUAUUACAAGGAACAACUCUAAACAUCCAAAAAGAAAGCUGAUGUAUGGAUUAACACAUACCCUGCGAUUAAGAUUACAGCAGACAAACCCAGAUAUGCUGAUAUUGCAUGAACAAAGGGAACUGUCAAGAAGAAAACAACUGAAAGAGAGAAAGACUGCAGCAACAUACUAUAAAGGCAAAGAAGGAAGUGCUCCAUCAAAAUUUCUUCCAGAAGAUCAUCACCUCUCUGCAGCUUUUUCUUUCCAAAGUGGCUGUUUUGAAGAAAAUGUUGAAACAUUAAUUGAAAAUAGUGUUGAACUUGAUUCCCUCCAUUCUUCAAAAGUUCUAGGAAAUAGGAAAACUAAAAGCACAAAUAAUUUUGGAGAAACCUCCAAACUGGAAAAUGUCACUAAUAAAGAACAGAUCUGUGUUCGAACUCUGGGCCCAACUUCAAAAGAGUCAAACUUUCAGUUGUUGGAUAAGGCAACAAAUGAAAGGGUACUUUUUGGAAAAGAUGUAAAGAUCAGUUUACCCAAAAUUUUCAAUCUGGAUUCUGACCACAGUGUCACUGAGUCAUUUAACGGAGCAGAGAAUGUGUUGCAGACUUCAGAAAUUAAUCCUGACUCUAUAAUUGAUUCCACAAAAGCAGAAGACAGCAAUGCACAGAUUUCCUCUAGUAGCUAUAAUGACAGUGCUGAUCCCAAGUAUUCUGAGGACUUCACAAGUCCUGAAGCAACAGGAUUCUCGGAAGAUUUUACCAGUCCUGAACCUACAAGCAAAUGUACAGAUAAUUUGGAUAGUAGUAUUGAGGCAAUAUCCACUAAGGCGAAACAUAUGUAUUUUAACAAUGCGUCAGAAUCUAACCUUUCCAAACAUUUCAACAAUGGAGAAGCUCAAAGUGAGAGGGAAGAUGAUUCAGUUCUUCUACCUAUACCAUCUCAACAAUCUCCAAUUCGAUCUUUAAAAGGAAUAUGCAAUGUAAAAAGUCACCAACAGAAAGUGGCAACCUCAGAUGUAUCCAAUGAUGCUACCAGCUCAACAGAGGUAAAUCAAUUUAGAAACACAUUGAACCUGACAAACAACGAAGAAAAUAAGAAACCGCUUGAGUCAACACUCCUUCAGGGAGAUAUCAGUGCAGUUAGCAUUGAGCUCCCCAAGUUUUCAAGUUCACCAAUUGGAUGCAAGCCUUUAGAGGACAGCCAAUCUUCAGGGACAUCCCAAAUGAAUUCCUACAUAACAUUCAGUGUGUCUGACCUUCCCUGUGGUGAACUUGAAAUUAACACAACAGAUAUUCAAAAAGGUGUGAGUGAGUUGGAUGCUACAGGAAUGGCCAAUGAGUGCAGGCAUAUUUCUGAACUAAUAACCAACAAACUUCCUGGAUAUACUUUGUGAUGCCGUCACUAAAGUUACUUUGUUAUUGUGUUUGGCAUCCUUAGACUGCGUAUUAGUUAAUUACAUUUCUCUUGACACAUAAGUAAAUUUUAUCUGCCAUUAUGCUAUUUGUAAUGCAUGUGACAAUCUAUACGCAUAAAUGAGGUGGGCAGUUUUAGACCUCUUCCUGAACAUGUUCUAAAAGAACACCUUCCUUCUUCAAUCUCCUUCCUUCAUUGCCCAAUUCACUUGCUUUCUUUCUUCAUUUUCUACCUAUUUAACUGUGGUGUGAGCUCUACAAAUCUCAUUAAUGGCUCCUCUUUACAGCACUAGAGAGACAUCUUUAACCCACAAUUCUUUCCUUUCUCUCCAUGUUGUCUUUUAAAAGCAUCACUUGUUAGGUCAUUCUGUAUAUGUAAUAAAAAUAGAAAGUGCUAGAAAUAUUCAGGUUAGACAGCUGGUGAAAGGUUGGCCCUCUAUUUCUUGAGACAGUUGCCUAACCUGCUCAUUAGUUUCAGCAUUUUCUAUUUUUAGUUUAGAUUUCUAGCAAUAUUUUGCUUGACAAUAUCCAACUUGGAGCUUGUAACACCUCCACACAAUCCUUCCACUGGGUAUUUUGGAAGACUGCUUAUUUGACAAGGGAUACAUUGUACAUCUUCUCAGGCUAAAUAUUAGGAAGAAGGAAAUCAAUGUCUUUGUAACAGAGGAAGGAACUACUGGCUAUGGAACGUGUGCAACAAAGGCUUAGUGGACUAAAUCCUCGGACGGCAGAACUGACAUAUGAAGAGAGACUAGAUCAGUCAGAACUAUAUUCACUGGAUUUUAGAAGAACAAGGAGUCUCAUAGGACCGACUAUGACGAGGUAAAUGCAGGAAGGAUGUUCCUUAUGACUAGGAGUACAGAACCUGGGCUCAUAAUCUAAAGAUAUAGGGUAGGUCAUUGAGGACUGAGAUGAGGAGAAAUGUCUUCACCAGAAAUUGGUGAGCCAGUGGAAUUCUUUGCCAAAGAAAGCAGGUGAGGAUAAAACAUGGAAUGUUUUCAAGGAGGAGUUAGAUAUAGUUCUUAGGGCUAAAGUUGGAUAAUCAAUAAUGAUCAUGUUGAAUGGUGGAAAGGACUCGAAGAGCCAAAUGACCCACUCAUGCUCCUAUUUUCCACAUCUCUAAGAGUAAGCUUUUGGGGAAACUACACCGGGUUUACUCCCUUUAGCCCAAGAAAAGUGCCAUUGCAUCAGUAAAAAGAAUGAGUACAUUUGCACAGGGUGAGAAAAACAAGCCUGAAGUGGUACUGGGGGAUACUAGGGCCAACCAAACUAUAAUGCUUGGAAUGGGUACGAUCUUCCCACCAGAGAAUGCGAUAAGUGUGAAGGUGCUGGUAACAGGAUCCAAAUCUACCCUCCACCAGGCUAACCAGGAUUGUGAGCUAGUGCUGGGACCAGAGACCUUGGGAGUUGUACCUUGUCUGAAAACAAGAUUCUCCUGCUAUUUGGCAAUGACCUUGAAGAAGCAAAGAUAACAUUAUCCCCAGUGGUCUCUGAAAAAGUCACUGAGGUCAGAGAGACUGAACAGCUGUGGGAGAAAAUGCCUGACACUUUUCCCUAUUUUGUGAUCAUAUAGUCCAUGGACAGAUAAGCUUAGCCAAUGGAAGCUAAGCUGGCACUGCAGGCAGAAGACCCUCUGGUUCUGGUUAUCCUAAAUGAGUCUAGAAGAUGCCAAUGACAACAUAAAUCAAAACUGCUGGCAAAACUCAGCAGUAAUGGCAGUUGGAAGAAAGCAGGGUUAACAUUUCAAGUCCAAUGAUUCUUCAUCAUCAGAACACAGGUGAUUUGGUAAGGCAAAAAAAUACUCACUUGUGUGUAAGAGCACAUCUGGAUAUAAAAGCAAGUAGAAGAGAAGGAGGUGGUCUACAUGCUAGACCAUAUAGUAGAGUUGCAAGAGCGUCUCUUCCAAACCUGUGAAGUUGCCUGAGAACACGUGAAAAUCUUCCAGUGAUAAAAUCAAAGGCAGACAAACAUGCCAGGGUCCAAAAUUUUCAACUAAGAGACUUUGUGUUAAUGCUGCUACCAACCCUUAAAGUGAACCCUUAAAGACAUGGCUCUGCAGUCUGUUGUGAUAGCCUAAAAAUGUGAGAAGUGAACUAAGUGGUUGAGAACACAUAUCCGGGAAGAAAGGAAAGGCUCUUUCAGGUCAGGCAUUCCUGUCGCUAGGUCAAAAUCUUGGAAUUCCUUCCUUAAUGGCCUGUGGGUUCACCUGAGAACAUGGGCUGCAGCAGUUCAAGAAGGCAGCUCACCACCACCAUCUCAAGGGCAAAUAGAGAAGGGCAAUAAACGCUGGUCCAGCCACAUCCUACAAGCAGUUAACCAAAAAGCAGGCGAUGGUCAGCCCCAUUUAAGUAACCAAGAAGACGAAGGCAACAGCAAGCAUGAAUUGAAAGGAGAAGCAAGUGAGGUCCACAUGAACCCUUUACUGCCAUUCCACCCAAUAAUGAAAUACUAGCAAAUGCAGAUUCCUUAUUUGUUUACUCAAGAACACAACAGCAAGCAUACGUAAUGAGGCUGCUCAUUGCAUUCAGAAGGAUACUCAUAGAGAGAAGGCAGGCGACACCACCAUGGCUGUACAUGAUUUGGAUGUAGGAGAGGCCCUUCCCAUAAGGGAACAUCCCUGUCAACUUUACCCAGAAAAGCUAAUCCAUUUUAAGGAAGUACAAACUGCUGGAGCACCAGACAACAAAGUUGAGCAGUAGCUGGAGAUCCCCAGUUGAGCUUUAUUCAAGAUGCAAAACUCCACAAGGAUCGGAAUUGACUCCAGACAAGAUAAUACAGUGACCAGAGCUUACUCCUACCCAGUACCCUGGCUGGAUGAUUGCAUAGCAAGCUACCUACAUUAAGAAGAGGGAUUUAUUAAAGGAGUACUGACAGGUUUCCUUGCCUUCCUGCAUGAGGGAAAUGUGUGCCUUUGUAACUCCAGAUGGUUGAUAAUUAAAUUAUUAAGUCAUACCAUUUGGACUUUAAAAUGCUCCUGCCACCUUUCAAAGGCUGAUGCCAGAAAGUAGCAAGGUUAUCUAAUUUGUGGUGGAGUUAAGAUAACCACCUAGUGUGCAGUGACACUCGAGAUACGCACUUACAGUAACUGGAAGCUCCCUUCCAGAAAAUACAGUUAGCUGAUCUACUAGUCGACAUCACAGAGAGUGAGUUUUCUGAGGCUCAAAUGAUCAAUCUAGGGUAGUAAAGGUAGAAGCAACAGAACAGUUUCAAACUCCCACAGCCAAACAGGAAACCACGAUGUUCUUAGGGAUGAGAUAACAAGGUGUAGAGCUGGAUGAACACAGCAGGCCAAGCAGCAUCAGAGGAGCAGGAAGGCUGAUGUUUUAGGCUUAGACCCUUGCAUUGGGAUGUAUGAGUUCGACUGAAAGUUCAAUCCAAAUUCAGUGCAACAACUGUGAUACUCAUAGACCUACAGGAAAAAUAAGGUCGUAUGGACUGAGAAAUACCAAACUACUCUUGAAAAGCUGAAAACCAUUUUUACAAGUGAACCUGUUCUUGCAGUUCUAAAUGCUAAAAAGGUAUUUAAGGUGGCCACGAAUGUGAGGGACAUCGGGCACAAGGCUGUUCUUCUUCAGAAAGCUGAAUCAAAAUUGGGCACGAACUGGGCACUUUUCCACAAAGCUAAGCAAACAUCAAUAGAGAGGGAAACCGUUGGUUUAUUAUUGGCUUUCAAACACUGAAAUGUGUGUUCAAAAUGAGUACACAGAAACAGCAGUCUGUACUGACCGCAACUUUUCUGAAAAAUGUAAGACCCAGAGUGCCAGAUUAUUCCAUUAAAGCUUGUUUCUUUAACUGUACCACUUUUUUAAAAAAUCACCAUGUUAUUGGGAAAUUGAAUGUGAUUUACCCUGUCCAGAACUUAGAGAGGCCUGGCUAUAAUCAAAAAACUAAUUGACCAAGUCUAGAGGAAUUUAUCUGUGUGUGAGUAUAUUUGUUGUUUCAUUUUUUAAAAUAUUGCACUCCUUUGUAAUUAAAUAAGAAUGGAACUCAGCAGUGUUGUAAACAGACUGUCUUAAUUUCAGACUAAGAAAGGAAGAAGAAUGGAGUUGGUAACUAGAUAAUGGAAUUUGGAGUAGGGGCCAAAAGCAAAAUAGCUUAAGUCUUCUCACUUUUUGAUUGGAGGAAUCUUCUGCUCACCCAGUACACAAAGUCAGAUAACCAGUCUGAUAACUUAGGAAAGUAGUGGGGUGCAGCUGAGCAUUGUCAAGAUACAUUUGCAAAUGAAAAUCAUAUCUUCAGAUAAUGUCAUCAAGGAUCAGCAUGUAGAUGAGAAAUAGUAGGCAGCCAAAGAUAGAUAAAGGGAAACACCCAGGGUCAUCUAUGAUAAAGCGAAGAAAAGGCAUAACAAUUGAUUCUCUACCUACAUUUAUUUAGAUAAAAAUGGAAUUAGAUAGAUGCUUUCCCAAUUACCAGAUGAGAGUGGAAGACAUUGAGAAUAGUAUUGUCUACUUUAUCAAACACUACAUGCAGUUACAGAAGAUUGAAGAGGAAAAGUUGACCUUUGUCUUUCAUAGGAGGGAAGUCUCACAGGUAAGAUGAGCUUGGGGCAUGACAGCAGACAGGAGAGAAACAGAAGCUAUAGGAUGUUUGGUCAGCUAGGUUAAUAAAAUGCAGUGCAGCAAAGACAGCUGAUUGGAUUCUCUCAAUCAAAAUAGUAAAGAUGUCAAUAAACUCUCAUACAUAUUGUAGGAGGCAAGAGCGAAACGGACAUGGAAGAAGUUUUAACAAAUGAGGCCUGAACUAGAAUACUGUGUCCUGUUCUGGUCACCCAGUUAUAGGAAGGAUAUUAUUAAGCUGGAGAAGGUUCAGAAGAGAUUUACCAGGAUGUUGCUAGGUAUGGAAGGUUUGAGUUAAAAAAAAAGGCUGGGCAGGCUGAGACUUUCUUCACUGAAGCGUAAGAGGUUGAGAGGCCCCUUAUAGAAGUUAUGAAAUAAUGAGGAGUCUAGGUAGAGAUAAUGUUAGUUGUCUGUUCCCUACGAUGGGGGAUUUCAAAACUAAGGGGCACAUUUUGUGGUGAGAGGAGAGAGAAAUGACAUGAGGGGCAAUUUUCUUCACAGAGGGUGGUUUGUGUGUGGAAUGAACUUCCUGAGGAAGAGGUGGAUGUGGGAACAAUUACAACAUUUAAAAGACAUUUGGAUAAUUAUAGCAAUAGGAAAGGUUUGGCGGGAUGUGGGCCAGGAGCAGGCAGGUGGUAUUAGUUUAUUUUGGAAUUAUGUCGGCAUGGGCUGGUUAGAUUGAAGGUUCUGUUUCAGUGCUAUACGACUCUAUGCCUAUGACUCUGUAACUUGGUUUGCAGUGGAAAAAAGAAGCCAGGGGUUAUCUUUGCAUUCCAGAAUUCCUCAUGGGAGAGAUUAGGACCAGACAAUAUUGUUUCAGAAUAAAGGGAACCAAUUUAAGGCUGAGAUGAACUCUCUUUUCGCAGAGAGUUGAGAGUCUUUGGAACUCCUUGCCAAUGGAGACUGUGGGGGGAACAAUCCUUGUAUAUAUUUAGGGGUGAGAUAGAAAGAUCCUUGAUGAGUGUGGGAAUCAGGUUUAUGAGGAAAGAGCAGGAAAAUGGAUAUGAGGAAUGUUGGAUGAGCCAUGAGUCUAUUGAAUAGCAGUGCAAGCUCAUGGGGCCAAAUAGAAGUCAGUCCUAGGAUUGUGAGCAGUUUUAACAGAGAGGAGCAGAACUUGAUCGUGUUGUCUGUCAUGUCCAUUAAAUUCACCCUAAGGGAGAAGAUAGUUUGUGCGGGCGUGGUCAUACAAAUCUGUGUCUGCAGAAUGUGGUGAAUGGAUGGCCAAAGAUUAGACACUUGCAAUUUUGGAAGUGCAACUAAAAUGUACCUGUGAUUGAAGACACAGCUAUUAAUGGUGUGAUGAAGUGAGAGUUAGGCAGUGGGUGGUGUACUAAAUAAAAACUGAAGUCAGAAAAAAAUUUUAAAUAUUGACUUUGCGGGACUAGAAACUAACGUAUGUUAGAGAGAACCAGCGCACGGCACAAGUAGAGAUACUGUGUUAAACAGGGUAGUUUGUGUGAGUUGCAGUGUACAGAGGUCAGAUGGAGAAAGUGGGAGACUAACAAAACACCGCAUUUGCCAAGUCUGAAGGAGUGAAAAAGGAUGAAAAUGCCAGAUAAACUGAACCAGGAAUAGAGAGACUUAGAAGUAGACGAUCUGUGAAAGUUUAGUAUCAAAUUUGAUUUUGUGGUCAAGUUUAUCUCCUCUGAUAAGGAGACCAGAACUACAGAGCACUCAAAUCCUCUCGUUACGCAGGCCGAUAUACCCUUUGUCUUUUUCACCACAGAGAACCUAGAAGAAACCCAUGCAUACGCAGGGAGAAUGUGCAAAUUUCACACAACCAGUCACCUGACAGUGGAAUCAAACCCAGUUCUCUGAUGCUGUGAGAUACCAGUAUUAACCUCUGAACCACCAUGCUGCCCGUGGAUGAGUGCAAAUCUAGCAGCACUCAAGAAAUUCAACACCAUCCAAAAGACCAUGUGAUAUAAGAACAGAAUUAGGCUAUUUAACUCAUCAAGUCUGCCCCAUCAUUAGAUCAUGGCUAGAUAACAAAGUGUAGAGCUGGAUGAACUCUGCAGGCCAAACAGCAUCUUUGCUCUUCUUCAGCAUCUGCAGUUCCUAUUAUCUCUGAUACUCAUUAUAUCAUGACUGAUGUGUUUCUCAAUCCCGUUUUCCUGUCUUCUCGUAAUGUUUGAUUCCCUUACCAAUCAAAAACUUUGUCUUAAACACACUUAAUUACUUGGCCUUCACGUCGUUCUGAGGCAGUGAGUUCCACAGGUUCACCUCUCUCUAGCUGAAGAAAUUCCUCCUCAUAUCACUUCUAAAGGGCUGUUCCUUUACUCUGAGGCUGCGCUCUCAGGUCCUAGUUACUUCCAUCAGUUGAAACACCUUCUCCAUGUUCAUUCUAUCCAGACCUCUUAGUAUUCUGUAAGUUUCAAUCUCAAUCAUGUACAGACCCAGACAAGCCCUCCACCUUCAGCAUCAUUCUUGUAAACCUCCUGUGGACACCUCCAAGGCAGAAGCUUAUACAGCUUUAGCAGUACAUCCUUGCUGUUGAAUUCUAGAUCUCUCAAAAUGAAUGCUAACAUUCUUUUUGCCUUCCUAACCACCAAAUGAACCUACAUGUUAACUUUAAAAGACUCCUGAACUAGGAUGUCUGAAUCUAUUUGUGCUUCAGAUUUCCAGGGCUUUCACCCAUUUGGAAAAUUGUCUAUGCCUCUAUUCUUCCUAUCAAAAUACCUCACACUUUCCCAUCUUCCACUUCUUUGCCCACUCUUGUAGCCUGUCCAAGUCCUCCUGCAGCCUCCCCUGCUCCUCAACACUACCUGUCCCUCCACCUAUCUUUAUGUCAUUUGUGAUCUUAGUAACAGUGUCUUUAGUUGCUUUGUCCAGAUUGUGAAUGUAUAACUGAAUAGUUGUGGUCCCAACACUGACCCCUGCAGAACUCCACUAGUUGCCAGCUGUCAUCCUGAGAAACACCCCUUUACUCCUUUGUCUGUCUUCAGCCAAUACUCCAUCCAUGUCAUGCUUUUGGGCUGUAAUCUUAUUUAGCAGUCUCUUAUGCAGCAUAAGACCAUAAGGCACAGGAGUGGAAGUAAGGCCAUUCAGCCCAUUGAGUCCACUCCGCCAUUUAAUCAUGGCUGAUGGCAUGUUGUGAAAAACCUGGAAAACCAAAAAGCUCACAUCUCCUAGCUCUCCUUUGUCUAACUCACUCAUUAUCUCCUCAAAGAAUUCUAACAGGCCUGACCUCCCCUUAAUGAAGCUGUGCUGACUCAGCCCUAUUUUACCAUGCACUUAUACGUACUCAGCCAUCUCAUCUUUAAAAAUGGACUCUAAAAUCAGGCAAACCAGUUCAGAAAUUCCUGUCUUCUGCCUCCCUUCCUUCUAGAACAGAGGUGCUUAAGUUAGCCAUUUUCCAGUCCUCUGAGAUUCCAGUGGUUCCCGCCGAUACAUCCACAAUCUCCUCAGCUAUCUCCUGAACCCUGGCAUGUAGUCAAUCAGGUCUGAGUGAUUUAUUCAUCUUCAGGCCUUGCAGCUUCCCCAGCACCUUCUCCUUAGUGAUUCCCACUAAACUCAUCUCUAACUCUGACUCUCUUGAUGUUCUGAUAUGCUUCUGCUGUCUUUCAUCAUGAAGAAUGAAGCGAAUUACCUGUUCAGUUCCUCUGCCAUUUUUUAUUUCCUCAUUACUACCUCCCCAUUGUGAGCCGAAUUGAAUGUAAGCGUAGGGAGGUUAUACUUCAGUUAUACAGGGUCAGAAAUCACACAACACUGGAUCAUAAUCUAACAGGUUUAUUUGAAAAUGCUAGCUUUAAGGUGCUGGGCCCUCAUUUUCCACUGGUCCAAUGUCCACUCUUGCUUCUCUCUUAACUUUUAUAUGUGUAAAAAUACUCUUGUAAUCUUAUUUUAUGUUACUUGCUGCUUACCCUCAUAUUUUAUCUUGUCCCACCUCAUUGCUUUUUUAGUUGUCCUAUGCUGGCUUAUAUAGUAUUCCUAAUCCUCUGGCUUCCCACUAAUCAUCAUCAUAUUCUAUGCUUAUAACAUUGUGUACAGAACUAAAAAGUCUUUUUGAUUAAUCCCUCCACCACUGGUUCACCAUGGCAGCAGUACAGUACUAUCCAGGACAAAGCUUGAUUGGCACCCCAUCUAUAUCAUUCAACAUACACAUCUUUCACCAUCAAGGCAAAGAGGUGGUUGUGUGUACCACCUACAAGAUGCAUUAACAUUCCCUGCAUAACACUUUCCAAAUCCAUGACCUCUGAUGCCUGAAAGGACAUAGACAGCAGAUGCUUAGGCACAUCACCAAGUUCCCCUUCAAGUUACAUAUAAUCUUUACUUGAAACUAUAUUAUCAUUCAGUCGCUGGGUCAAAAUCCUGAAACUUCCUCCCUAAUAGCACUGUGGGUGGCCUAAGAAAAGUGGUUUAAGAAGGCAACUUGCCACCAUUUUCUCAUGAGCAAUUAGAAAUGGGUGGAUAAAAUGCUGCUCUGGCCAAUAAUGCCCAGAUCCUAUGUACAAAUGGAAGGAAAUUAAAGUUGUUUAGCUGAACUGCAGAAACUUGUCAAAGUUCAUUCAACAGCACUUUUCAAACUUGUGAUUUCUAUCAUCUAGAUGAACAAGGGCUCAU